AUGAUGAAUGAAGAAUAUAGAACAGAAUUAGAAAAGCAAUUUAAAGAAAAUAGUUAAAAUUUUCCUUAAAAAUAAAGUAAUAAAGAACUUACAGAAUAAGAGCAAGAAGAAAACGAAGAUGAAUUAUUAAGAUUAAUGCAUGAUAGAUUUAUUUUAGGAGAGGAUACUGAAUAUAUUAAUUAUGAUGAAAUCGAUAAAAAUGGAGGAUUAGAUGAUUUUAAAUAAUAAGAUUAAGAUGAUGAAGAUAGGUAUUUUGAUAACGAUGAAGGUUAUUGA